AUGGCUCGUGGCCCCGCCUGGACCAACUUGGGGCCCCAAUUGCUGCCUCUGCUUCUGCUGCUCCGGUUUGCGGGCUGCAGCCACACGGCCCCCUCCUGGUCCGCACUGCCCGCGGUAGUCCACGGCCUGCAGGGGGACAAGGACCCCCAGCAGUCCCUGGGAGAUGCGACCGCAGCUCUGGGCCCCGGUGCCCAGGACAUGGUCGCUGUCCACAUGCUCAGGCUUUAUGAAAAGUACAGCCGGCGGGGCACGCAGCCGGGAGGAGGCAACACUGUGCGCAGCUUCCGUGCCCGGCUGGAAGUGGUCAAUCAGAAGGCCGUGUAUUUAUUCAACCUGACCUCCAUGCAAGAGUCAGAAAUAAUACUCACCGCCACUUUCCACUUCUACUUGGAGCCGCCGCGGUGGCCCCGCGCGCGGGAGAUGCUAUGCAAGCCACGGGCCAAGAAUUCCUCUUGUCGCCUCCUGCCACCAGGCCCGCCAGUUCGCCAGCACCUGUUUUUCCGCAGCCUGUCACAGAAUACAGCCACGCAGGGGCUACUUCGUGGGGCCAUGGCCCUGGCGCCCCCGCCACGCGGUCUGUGGCAGGCCAAGGACAUCUCCUCCAUAGUCAAAGCGGCCCGUCGGGAUGGCGAGCUGCUCCUCUCUGCCCAGCUGGAUUCUGGGGAGAAGGACCGUGGGGUUCCCAGGCCCAGUCCCUACAUUCCCUACAUCCUUGUAUACGCCAAUGACCUGGCCAUCUCCGAGCCCAACAGCGUGGCAGUGACACUGCAAAGAUACGACCCCUUUCCAGCUGGAGACCCAGAGCCCGGCGCAGCCCCCAACAGCUCGGCGGACCCCCGUGUGCGCCGGGCCGCGCAGGCCUCCGGGCCCCUCCAAGACAAUGAGCUGCCGGGACUGGAUGAGAGGCCAGGACACAUCCCCCACGCUCAGUACUACCACAAGCACGAGCUAUGGCCCAGCCCCUUCCGGGCGCUGAAGCCCCGGCCUGGGCGCAAGGACCGCAGAAAGAAAGGCCAGGAUGAGUUCAUGACCUCCUCGCAAGUGCUGGACUUCGAUGAAAAGACUAUGCAGAAAGCCCGGAAAAGACAGUGGGACGAACCGCGAGUCUGUAGCCGGAGGUAUCUGAAGGUGGAUUUCGCAGACAUUGGGUGGAACGAAUGGAUCAUUUCGCCCAAAUCCUUUGAUGCCUACUACUGCGCAGGAGCCUGCGAGUUCCCAAUGCCUAAGAUUGUUCGCCCAUCCAACCAUGCCACCAUCCAGAGCAUUGUCAGGGCUGUGGGCAUCGUCCCUGGCAUCCCAGAGCCCUGCUGUGUUCCAGAUAAGAUGAACUCCCUUGGGGUCCUCUUCCUAGAUGAGAACCGGAACGUGGUGUUGAAGGUGUACCCCAACAUGUCCGUGGAGACGUGUGCUUGCCGGUAA